ACUACUACUGCUUGAGAACUGGUUCCGGUAUGGCGUCACUGGAAGACAGUACUCGUGUCGCAGAUUCGACAGUCAUUUUAACGUAAAGAUAUAUAAAAUAUCUUUAAAAUCCUUUAGGAAAAUAUUUAUACUAUCAUACAGGUUUUGUUAUUUUUUUGAUGCACAUUUUAUUUCAACAUUGAGAUGAUUGAAAAUGGAUGACUGCAGAGCAGCUGGUCCUGUGUUUAUGUGCCAGCUGUGCAACCUCUUCUCUCCCAGUCGUUCUCCACUGUUGGCUCACUGUAGUCAGCUUCACCCUGAAGCGCACCCAGAUGACAUAAUCACUGUGUUACAACCCCUUGUUGCUGCACCUGUAGAGACACCAGAAGAGAGCCAAGUAAAGCGAAAGCGAGGACGCCCGAAGGGGUCAACGAAAAAAUCCAAGACAGAUUCCCCCCAGGCACCAGAAGAGGAUCUUCAAGACAUAGAAAAGGGGAGUGAGAAGGAGAUAAAUCAAAAGAAUGUAAUUGCAGGUGAAAACAAUGAUGAGAUUUUGGGACUUAACUGUCGAAACUGUCAUCGCACAUUCAGCAACAGGCGACAAAUCCUCAAACACAUCUGCUACAAGGAUGAGCAGGUGGAAGAGUAUGAGGAGGUUAAAGGAAAGGGGAAUCAUGGCAAUCCAGACCAUGAUAAAAUUGAUCUGAGCAAGAAUAAUCAGAUCACUGAGAGUCCAGGACCUGUGAAACAAAAUGAUCGAACACAAAUGUUAAAAGAAAGAGGCCCAGUGACAGAAAACAAAAACUCUGUCUUUGGUUUUGUCCUGGCAGAGAAUGAAUCUCUCCCAGGUAUCUACAAAAUUGUUCCAGUAGAGGAUGAUUCAGCAGAGACUGUGUCUAAAGCCAACAAACAUCAGGCACAGUCUGUAGUUUUCAAAAGUCGCUCAAAAGAACCUGAAAACUUGGAAGAAAACCCUGAUCCAAAUGAGGAGCAAAGUUUAACUUACACAAAAACAGCAGUCAGCAGAGGUUUCCAGGAAUUUUCUAUUAAACAAGAUUCUGCCAGUUUGCACCAGAGUAAGCUGAAGAUUUUUACCUGUGAGUUCUGCAAUAAGAUCUUCAAGUUCAGACAUACGCUGGUUGCUCACCUCAGAGUGCACACUCAGGAGAAACCAUUCCAGUGUCCUCACUGUGACUAUGCAUCAACAAUCAAAGCAAACCUGAAUGUUCACCUGAGGAAGCACACAGGAGAGAAGUUCAGCUGUCCACACUGUCCUUUCUCCUGUCUCAGUCCAGGACACCUGAAGGUCCACAUAGAGAGAGUCCACAUGAAGGUGAAGCAGCAUUGUACAUUCUGUGACAAAAAGUACUCAGAUGUGAAAAAUUUGCUGAAACAUGUGGAGAAGAAACAUGACCUCAAAGACCCUGCUGUCUAUCAGAGCUACCAGCAGAUAAGGUUAAAGACUCGUCAGGGCCUCAGGCAGCUCCUCUUCCACUGUCCCACAUGUAACCGUCACUUUAAGAACCAGAUGGAGCGUGAGCGCCACAUGUUGGUCCAUGGACCACAGCGACCAUUCGUAUGCUCGCUCUGUGACCACGCUGCCACCAAGAUGGAAGCCCUCGUCGCUCACGUCAGGAAACAUCUCUUCUUGUACGUGUGCAGCGAGUGUGACAGGAAGUUCGUCAGCUCUCAGAGACUGAAGAGUCACCUGCAGGAGUCCCACACUGAACUGGACCAGGAGCAGGGGUUCAGCCACUCUAUUAAUAAAAGCUACUAUCUGAUACAACCUGGAGGGGACAUGUGGGGGGAUGAGGACAGGGAUAAGAGGGGAGAAGACAAGGGUGAGGUACAGGGUGAGCUCAGGAAGGAGAAGAAGGAUGAAGAUGAGCGGCCGAUACAAAUGGAAGGUGUAAACGGUGGCCAAGAAGAGAAGUCAAAGGGCACGCCACAGAGAGAAGUUGAAUCUCAGAGUGAAAGUACAGAAAAUGUGAGGGACACAAACAAAGGGACAGCCAAAGAAGUGGAAGAAGAGACGAUGGAGGAAGGGACUCCGACAAAACAACAAACAGCAACAACAACAGGCAGCACAAAGUUACAUGUUAAUGGUGAAAACCUUCCAACAACAACAGCAGAAGCAGCAGCAAGUUCAGAGGCAGAAAAACAAACAACAGACCAGGACUCAGAGGUUUUUCAUCAGAGUGCCUUUGAGCAGGUGUUUUCAUCCCUUCGAAAGACUCGCCUAAAUAUGGAGACAUUGCAGCGGCUGAGGACAUUCUACGGAGACCUGGAAUGCCAGUACUGUGGAAAACUGUUCUGGUACAAAGUCCACUACAAUGUCCACAUCCGCACGCACACCAAGGAGCACCUGCAUUACUGUACAAAGUGUAACUACUCAUCCAUCACCAAAAGCUCCUUGAAGAGGCAUCAGAUCCAGAAGCACAGUGGAAUGAUGCUGUGCUGUUCCAAUCCUGAGUGUAAAUACACCACACCUGACAAAUACAAGCUGCAGGCUCAUCAGAGGACACACCAGGAACAGGGGAAGAGUGUGACAUGUCCUGUCUGCCAGCGCAGUUACUCAGAGCAUAGACUUAAACAUCACAUCAAAACUUCACAUCCUGAUUCACUGCCAGUGCAGAGAGCAGAGAAGUGCCCUUACUGUGACUCCUUCUUCCUGAAGAACAGCAGAGACUUUCAGCAGCACAUCUGGGCUCACCAAGGUCUGAAACCCUACAUGUGUGGAGUGUGUAACUACGCGGGCCGCAGCAGGAGUAACCUGAAAACCCAUAUGAACCGACAUAACACAGAGAAACGUCAUCUCUGUGACCUGUGUGGUAAAAAGUUCAAAUCUAAAGUCACGCUGAAAAGCCACAGACAGAAUCACACUGAAGAAGGGAAAAGGUUCCAGUGUUCAGAGUGUGACUUUACUUCUUUCUCUAAGCCUUACUUGGUCAGACACAUGGAGCAACACGCUGCAUUCAAGCCUUUUCGCUGUGCUCACUGUCACUACUCCUGUAAUCUGGCUGGUCCUCUGAAGAGACACUACCACCUAAAACACCCAGAUCAGAAAUAUGAAAACGCUGGACCUCAAAUGCCAAACCUCGAAGAUCUAAAAGAACAAGGAGGAAAGAAAUGUCCUGAAUGUGAAUUUGUUUACGGCACCACUUGGGAACUGAAUCGACAUUUGAAGAGUAAACACAGGCUCAAAGUAGUGGAGGGAACUUGGGAGGGAGGGGAGGUGAUAGAGGCCCAGUAUGUGACUGUGGAGGAUGAAGAGCAGCUGACAGAAGCACCUGUGGCAGCACUUGAUGACAACGAUGCUGUCAAACAGAUGAGUGACUUACACUCAGAGGCUCAGCAGGCAGUCUCUUCUAUGGCUGCCUUGGCUCCAGGAACAGUUGCAGUGGUUCAACAGUUGCAGGUGAGCGAAGAGGAGGAUCUUGGGGGCUGUGAAAACCAGCUGAUGGUGGUGAAUGCAGAGGAGGAGCUCACUGGCGAGCAUGUAAUGGUAAUGGAGGACACUCACGCACUGGAAGCUCUGACCGUCCUCACUCAGGGAGAAAACACUCACCACUACAUCGUCUAUGUGGAGGAACACACAGUGGAAAUAAAUUAGCAUGGCUGACAGUUUAACACAACCGCUCGUCCACUGUGGCUAAGUGGUUUUGAUGACUCUGGUGACAGCUGGUAAAUUCUGUGGUAUUCAUGAGUAAAGUUAGAUUGUAAAUGGUUUCAUCCUCAGAUUAUAUAGUCUAUAAAUUUGUACAACGUGCUAGUCAGGUGUACCUACACCUGACUAACUACUAAUAACAUAAAAUGGAUGAACUCAUCACUAUACAACACUUUCAGAAAUUAUUUUGAUCAUUCAAGCUUAUUGUUAAGCCUUAUUUUUGUUGCAAUUAAAAGCUAAGGGUUUAAUAUGUAGCAAUACAAUUCAAGAGUUCUUAAUUGUGGCUUGGAAACAAUGUAAACUGUAUUGGAUACUGUUUUAUGAUUGUUUUAUGAUUAUUUUAAAUGUGAAUUGUUGUACAAAAUAAUGUCCUUCAUGUUUAAAGUUUACUUUUUUGAUACAGUUAAACAUAAGUCACAUAAAGCUCUAGUAUUGCUUGAAUUGUUUUUGUGUUUUUUACUUGCAGAAACUGCUGUUUGACCUGACCUUUUGUCAACAUUGUUAUAUUUGGAGCAUAAUCUUGGCAUAGGUAAUAUUUAUAAUUUUGUUUUUCAUAUUGAAUGUUUAUGAUUGCACUAUGCUGUAUAUUCACAAAUGUUUUAAAUACAUAUGUUUGAAAAAUUGACUGUGGUAUAGAUAGUUAAAGAAUUGUGCCACAAGUUGUUAUUGUUGUAUUUUUUGCAAAUAAAGUGUUCAGUGUUACAUUAUUGA